AUGUCAAUAUACUAUACCCGGUAUUCAGAAUCUGUUUUACUUUUUAAAAGCUUUUCUUCAAAUCUGAUCUUGAAAAUUGAUGCAUUUGGGCUGUCGCUAGUGCAAAAUGAUGCAUUUGAUCAUUAUAAUUAUUACUUCAACACUUUCCGGAAAAAUAUAGGCCAUUGUCUUGGGAUAGUAGGUGUGAUCAAUCUAGCCACAUCCAGAUACGUAAUCGUGGCACUGGGAGCUUCAGUUCAGACCAAGGUAUUGGCAAAUAACGUCUAUAAGCUCUCUGGUUGUGAAUUUAUUCCAAUAAAGCUUGAAAGCGUGCCUUUCACCAAAAGUUCGUCCAGCAAUGAUGAUAGAUAUUAUGUCAACUUGUUAAAAUACCACUUGACUAAUAGCAACUUACUUUAUUGCCAGUCGCUCGAUUUGUCUCAUAAUUUCCAAUCGCUUUUCAGCAAAGAAAAUGAGGUGACGAGAACUACAAUAAGUAAUUUAUCCACAUUUAAUCCUACACCAAUGAAUAAGGACCUUAUUAAUUCUUUCGAUUCUGAUUACUUCUGGAAUGAAUACUUGUUAUCUGAGCUUAUUGGUUUGUCAAAUGAAAGAAACAGUGGCCCUGUUUGUGAAUUUUUGAUACCUUUAAUUUACGGAUUUGUCGAAUUUACACAAGUUCCAAGCCUGAAUGUACAUGAAUCCCGACAAAUUUGGUUUGGUGUCAUAUCAAGAAGAAACAAAUAUAGAGCUGGAACUAGAUAUUUUAAGAGGGGUGUGGACUCUCAGGGAAAUGUCGCUAAUUUUAAUGAAACUGAACAAAUUGUUUUGGUAAAGGAAGAUAAUAAAGUGUCAGCAUUUAGUUUCUUACAAAUAAGAGGAUCUAUCCCUAUCCAUUGGGCAGAAAUUAACAACUUGAAAUAUAAACCAAUAUUAUCAUUAUCAAAAAAUUCCAAUCUCAACAGCUCGGUUCUACAUUUUACUUCUUUGAAAGAGAAAUUCAGUGAUUUGGAAAAAGUCUACAUUGUUAAUUUAAUCAAUAGCAAGGGCCAUGAAUUACCGAUCAAAAAUGCAUUUGAAUCAACAGUUUCAGAACUAAUAGCCUUGAGAAAUAACGAUCAGAAUUUACCAGCAAUAGAUUACAUUUAUUUUGAUUUUCAUGACCAGUGCAAGAAGUUUAAUUACCAGAACACUAAUUUGGUGACCGAAGAAUUGAAAAAUCACAGAUUUAGUUUCAAUGAUUAUUUCAGCGUUGAGUUUACUGGCCAGGAUUUUUUUAAACAGAACAUUGUUCCGCAUGGUAUCAUAGUUAACGUUAUGUCCACCCAAAAGAAUAUUGUUAGAACAAACUGUAUGGAUUGUUUAGAUAGAACUAAUGUAGUUCAAAGUGUUAUUGGGAAGUGGAUUUUGACUGAGCAGCUUAAUAAAUUGGAAUUCAACUACUAUCCAAAUAUCCAAUAUAAAAUGGAGUCUGCCCUACUGGAUGUGGAAAGCUCUAAUCACUCAAUGGUCCCAACAUUUACUUCAGCAUUCAACAAUAUCUGGACAAAUAAUGGGAACUAUAUUUCAAAAGCAUACUCAGGAACAGGAGCUCUCAAGAGUGAAUUCACCAGAACCGGGAAGAGAACGGUGGAUGGUGCUAUCAGAGAUUUGGUUAAUUCCAUCGUCAGGUAUUUUAAAAAUAAUUUCUAUGAUGGCUACAGGCAAGAUUCGUAUGAUGUAUUUUUAGGGAACUUUCAACCCUCAUUAUUCAAUGAAACCACAGAUUAUAAAAAAUAUGACACAAAUUCCACCACAGCCAAUAAUUUUUCUUCAAGAAUGUCCAUCGAUAAACAGAAUACUAAUGAGGAAAAUAUAUUGACCACAGCCAUUGACUCCUCGUCCAAGAGUGGCCAUAAGAAAACCAAUAGUGUGUUUAUGGGAAAUCCAAGCAGAUUUUCAAUGAGCCAAAACAGCAACUAUACUCCUUUUGGUUCGCUCACAAAUUUUCAAAGCGCUCACAGUCUCAUUUAUCCUUCAAACAUAAAUAUGAGCUCUUCACCAUUUUAUGAUUGCAGACCGUUCAAAUAUCAACUGAUGCCUUAUUUACUUGUUUCUACUACUGCACUUUUCUUUCUGGUGAUAUUCUUUCCUAAAGAUAAUUCAAUUACCACCAGUUCGAACUUGAUAUUACUAGGUGCGUGCUUCGUGAUAAUCAACUGGUCAGUAUUAUUUAUUCUUGGAAAUGGGUUACAGUUUGUUGUGUGGCCCAAAUUGUGCGAUAUUGGAUUUCUAAGAAAAAGAAAGGUUAUUGGUGAAGCUACAGAUAGUGAUGAUGAUGGGGUUGAAGGAUUUGAAUAUGUUAUUGCAGACGAAUUCACAUCAGGGAUGGCUAAACUUGAUUGA